AUGUCUGCCGAUCUCCAGCCCCUCCGCAUUGUCAUGGCCUGUGAUGAGGCCGGUGUCCCCUACCGGGAUGCCAUCAAGACACACCUGGAGAAGAACCCCCUGGUUGCCUCCAUCAUCGAUGUCGGUGUCAGCACCUCGUCCGACAAGACUGCCUACCCGCACCCGGCCGUUGAGGGCGCCAAGGUCAUCACCGAGGGCAAGGCGGACCGCGGACUGUUCAUCUGCGGUACUGGGCUGGGCGUCGCCAUCGCCGCCAACAAGGUGCCCGGCAUCCGCGCCGUCACUGCCCACGACCCUUUCUCGGUUGAGCGCUCCAUCUUGAGCAACGACGCCCAGGUGCUAUGCAUGGGCCAGCGCGUCAUCGGUGUCGAGCUCGCCAAGAAGCUGGCUGCCGACUGGCUCAACUAUCGCUUCGACCCCAAGAGUGCCUCUGCCGCCAAGGUACAGGCCAUCUCCGACUACGAGACCAAGCUCCACGCUGCUGCGUAA